AUGGCUCUGUCCCAGGGACUGCUGACGUUCAGGGACGUGGCCGUGGAAUUCUCUCAGGAGGAGUGGGACUGCCUGGAGCCUGCGCAGAGAGCUCUGUACCGGGACGUGAUGUUGGAGAACUACAGGAACCUGGUCUCCCUCGGAAUCUCCGUAUCUGAGCUGAAUAUCAUCUCCGUUUUGGAGCAAGGGACAGAGUCCUGGACUGUGGAGUGGAAGGAGAAAAGGGCAAAAUACCCAGAUGUGUCAGAGUUCAUCCUCCCGUCUUCCAGCGGCGUUCCAGCUACAGCCGAGCUAGAGGCAGAAUCUAGUUGUCAAACUGAAGAGAAAAUGUAUGAAUCGGAUCAAGAUGAGCAGCCUGUCCGUAACGGUUCUUCAAUUUCACCGCCUCCAACAGUUCCUCCCACUGCCAAAACCAACGUUUGUAAUAAAUAUGGAGAGGUUUUUAUGCAUCCUUCAUUGCUUGCACAACACCAAAAAACACACGUUAGAGAAAAACCUUAUAAUUGUAAUGAAUGUGGUAAAACUUUUAGCCAAAAAUCAACCCUUGUUAAUCAUCAGAGAAUUCAUGCAGGAGACAAACCAUAUGAAUGUAACGUAUGUGGCAAGGUCUUUACACAAAAUUCAAACAUUGCAUUUCAUCUGAGAACCCAUACUGCAGAGAAACCUUAUAAAUGUAAUGAGUGUGGGAAAGCUUUUAUACAUAAUUCCAGCCUUGUGGAUCACCAGAGAAUUCAUACUGGUGAGAAACCUUUCAAAUGUCAUGAGUGUGGUCAGGCUUUUAUCAGACGUUCACAACUUUGGGAUCAUGAGAGACUUCAUACUGGGGAGAAACCUUAUAAAUGUAAUGAGUGUGGCAAAGCCUUUAACCGUGGCCCAAAUCUCACUACCCAUCAGAGAAUCCACACUGGUGAGAAACCCUAUAAAUGUCACGUUUGUGGCAAGGUCUUUAAUCAAAACUCACACCUUGUGAUUCAUCAGAGAAUUCAUACUGGAGAGAAGCCCUACAAAUGCAGCGAAUGUGGUAAAGCCUUUAUUUAUAGAUCCAGCUUUGUCAAACAUCAGAGGAUUCACACUGGAGAGAAACCUUACAGUUGCAAUGAGUGUGGUAAAGCCUUCACUUGUGGUCAGCACCUCACUAGACAUCAGAGGAUAAUUCACACUGGGGAGAAACCGUACAAAUGUAAUGAGUGUGGCAAAGCCUUCAACCUUGGCUCAACUCUCAAUACACACCAGAGAAUUCAUACUGGAGAGAGACCCUAUAAAUGUAAUGUAUGUGCUAAGGGCUUUAUUCAGAAAUCACAGCUUGCAAAUCAUCUGAGAAUUCACACUGGAGAAAAACCUUACAAGUGUAAUGAAUGUGGGCAGACCUUUUUCACGGGCUCUCAACUGUGGUCUCAUGAGAGAAUUCAUACUGGAGAAAAACCUUUCAAAUGUAAUGCCUGUGGCAAAUCAUUUAACCGGAGCUUGCAACUUACUAGACAUCAGAACAUACACCUUGGAAAGAAACCACACGUCUGA